AUGGAUGCAGUACGCGCUAGUGUCACGAGUAUGACACGAAAUUCGCAGCGUGAUAUAUCAGUUAUGCUGACGGAGCAUGAUAUCGAUUCCAACAUUGGUGUCGGAGCUUCUGAGGACAAGGCAUCCCACGCGCCUGUUAUAAGGUCACGUAGCAGCUUUGCCUUCCACCUUAAUGGAGCCACGUCAGCAGGCAAUAUCGUGAAAAGUAUGAGCAAACGAAACUUAAUUGGACCAGAUUCUCGUCGUAUGCGGGAGGAAUCGACAGAUAAACUCAAGGAAGCUGCUGCAAAGGGUCAUGAUGAUUUAUUCUUGUGGGAAAUUUCACAAAGUUUCUCUUCUGUCUGGAAUCAUCCUAUAUCCAGGUGGUAUUUCCUAAUGUUUCUCUUCUUUACCGACCAUCAUCAUAUCUACUUCUUUCGAAUGGAUGCUAUUCAAUACCGAGCUGAAUACCACAAUCUGCAUGCUUCCGCCCGCAGGAUACACGCUCAACGCAUAUUCAACCAAUAUCUCGGUCGAACAGCAGCCCUCCCCGUGAAAUUGUGGAAGGUGGAAAAGAUUUCAGUCAGGAAGGCCAUCGUAGCCUGUCAAACCAGCUUGGAUCAUCCUGAAGCAGGCCUUUUCGAUGAUUUGGCAUACAUCGCUUUACGAAAUUUGGAGAACGUACACGACGGAUACUUGGGUGAAGAAUCCAAUGGAGUUAGCAAAACAGAUGCCAGUUGUGAUAGUUUAAAGAGCUUGAACGAUCACGCUUUGAAAUCGUUUCGAGAGAGUGCAUUUUAUCAAGCUAUGCAGAACGAUUUACGUAAGUCCGAAAAGAGAAUCCUUCGUCGAGAAGCUGGAGCUCAGACUUUGUCUAUAGGUGGAACACGACAACUUACAACGGUACAAUACCAACGAGCUGCAGAGAGGAUAAUGGAUAUGCCUCCAGGCUACUUUGACGAACCUGAAGUUUGGGAAAAGUUUGCAUGUGCUGUAGAAGCUAUGGGUCUAGAUUGUGAAGCAUUCCGUCAACGAGUCGUGACCGAGAAUGCCAACGCAGCUCUGAAAAGAAGAAGGUCUACCAACACACCAGUACAUCGUGUCAAGAGUUCCACAUCUUUAGCCUCAUCAGCCAAAACAGCUACAAACAAUGAAGACACUGAUGCUGUUUCCAUCAGUAAUUCUACUGCAGAGUCGUCUGCUACUCCAGCCAAACUAAAAGACCCAAUGAAACGUGACAAUCCUCGACCCGCUACUGCAGGAUUAGCUUCAGACCGUUCUGAUCUGGAGCACACGUUUGUGCAAUACGUCAAUCACGACGUCAACUUUUGCGAGUACUGUUACAAGCGACUUUUGCACAAUGGUGACGAAAGUAAUGCAGCUUAUCGCUGUGAAACAUGUCGAUACGUUUGUCACAAGGUCUGCAGAUUGCAAAUGCGAUUAUCUUGCAUCAAGACUUCGAUUGGAGAUGAUGUCGCCACUGAAGGAGAAGAAGGAACUGAAAAGCUACGACGAGUAGCAGACAAGAUUCAAGCUCUCCAGAAGGAAAUCGACAUAGAAAUGAAGAUUCGAGAUGGUCUAGAAAAGGUCAUAUUGGCACGUGGAGGUCUUGGAGGUCCCAAAAACAAGAAAGCCACACCACAGGAGAUUGAAAUGGCUGCUCAAAUGGACAAGUCCAAUAAGAAAUUGGAUGUAUUGAAACACGAAAUUCAAAAAUGCAAAGCCCAACUGGCCGCUUUGAGCACCGCUCAAAUCGAUCGUACGUUGACAAACUCUUCGUCGUCUUCAACACCAUUGCCAACUUUACCAGUUUCAGUGACAAGCGCCAGCAUGUCCACUUUCAACGCAUCAAGUGUAUUACAACAAUCGUUUAUGGCUGAAACUGGCACAUCCUUUAUUUCUGGAGCAUCUAUGACGCUCACAUCACCAAUGCAAGAUAUGCCAACCGGUAUGGUCUUCCAAUUGGGAAGCCUAGCAUUCACAUCUGAUGGACCUCUGUCUCCCUUGUUUUCUGGUACAACGAGCACAAGUCAUGAGGGCGACUUAGUCAAAGUAUCAAUGACGGAUACUACAAGUAAACUCAAGUCGACCGGAUCCUUCUUCUUGCCAGCGGAAUCUACAGUCAAGGAUUUGAUUGGUACAGCGCUCGAAAAGUUGAAUCGGGGUGCGAAAGUUGAAUCCUACAAUAUGGUGUCCAUAAACGAGCAGAACGAGGAAGUGCCUUUACGCUAUGAAGAUAAACCAUCAAGACUCGGAGUUGACUUGGUUCAAACAACUUUCGAUCUUCGCCUAAAACAACCUGAACCAACUGCUAAAACAGUCGACGACUCUGCCGAUGCCAAACGUACACAAAGGCAGAAGGAAGUCCUUUACGAGCUGAUCGACACCGAAAUCAACUACGCUACGGACUUGAAGCAUGUCGUCAUUCUCUUCUUGCGACCUUUGACGAUGUCUGGUUGCAUGAACGAAGCCGACUCCAAAGAAGUCUUUAGUAAUAUAAGACAAAUCGCUGAUUUACACGAAGGACUUGCUGGUGAAAUGACCAAAUGCAAGACCGACCCAAUUGGCCAUUUGAAUGAUAUAAUCAAGUCUCUGGAAACCAGAGUGGAGGCUUUCGCCAUGUACACCAUAUACUGCUCCAACCAACACAACCAACGCCGAACACUUCAAAAACUUCGAGAGGACGGCACAUUCUCCAAAGCUUUAGCUCAAUGUGAACUGACACCAAAGCUUCAAAAAUUGGGCCUAGCCGAUAUGCUUGUCAAACCCAUGCAUCGUGUAACUCGAUACCCAAUCCUCCUCAAACGUCUCCUAUCAUACACCAAACCGGAAUCACCUGAAUAUUAUAGUAUCGAUUCUCUCAUUUCCCGUAUCGAAGAGAAAGUCGGUGAUGUCAAUGAGGCUGUAAGGAAGCGAGAAGCAGAAUUCAGAAUCCAUCUCAUAGACGAGAAGAUGGACUUUAAUGGAGUGGUUGAGAAAUUCAAAUUGGCCAAUGGUCGACGAGAACUUGUUUCCGAGAAGCCAUUCACAUACCACAAAAAGAAUGGGCAAGGUGGAGCUGAAGUAUUGGUCUUCACAUUCACCGAUUUGGUGCUUAUAACAAGGAGCAAAAAGGAUGAGAAGAUUGUCUUGUUUAAACCACCCAUACCGUUUGAAGCUGCAGUAUUUUUAGAUAAGCCAGACGUUCCAGAUAUGAAGAAUGUAUUCCAGAUAGUCCACCUUCAGCAAGAAAUACACACCAUCCAGACUGUCUCCUCCUACGACAAGAACAAGUGGCUGCAAGAGACCAACGCUCUCCGAACAGUAUUCUGUGACUUCUACUUCAAGUUUGAGCAAGACCUGAUGCGGAAUGCAGCCACCCGUUUCCAGGUUGAUGGUGCUCCAUCUGCCGAAUCAUCAAACCCGCCAUCACCAGCAUUACAACGCAAACGAGGACACACUGUCAAUAACGUAUCGACACGCGAAGUCGCUUCAUCACUCUCAACCUCUAACCCUCUGGGAUCCAACAACAGUCUGAGCAAUAUGAAACGACAACCGUCGUGGACGAAUCUAUUUGGUGGCAAGUCAACUCCAGCACCGGCAGCAACCCCCAUUGCUGCUUCUUCAGCUGGUGCUGAUGUAGAUUCGAUUUUGAUGCCAGCCAUGCCCGUAUCUCGACAAGCUGGUAUCAUAGGAGCUUGGAAUCCAGCUUCAGAUGCCAUUCGCAGAUCCGCCACCCAUUCGCCAAAAUCAUCAAAGGAAGACUUGACUGGUACUAGACCAGCACGAACUCGUGCAGCAACUGAGGAGAGACGAGUCGACACGUCGUCCAAUAGUAGCAGCGAAGCCAGUACUGCAGCCUCCACUCCUGUUUCUUCACAUAUGGCUUCAAUCGCUGGCAGUGGCAUCACUCACAAAAAGUCGGCCUCAGUCGGAUUUAGAUUUGGGUUUGGAUAUGGUUCGAAUAGGCCUGAGAGCAAUGGACGUGAAAAGGGACCGAUGACACCAUAA